AUGUCGUCACAGGGUAAGCACAUCGCGAUUGUCGGCGCAGGCCCCAGCGGUCUCGUUGCCAUCAAGGAGUGUCUCGCGGCGGGAUUCUCGGUGCAGUGCUUCGAGCGCGCACACGCCAUCGGCGGACAGUGGCUUCACGACCCGAACCCCGGUCCCGACGCUCACUCUUCGAUUUACAACGGCGUCGUUCUCAACUCGUGUCGCGAUUCGACUGGCUUUAGUGAUUUUCCAAUCGACCCGGCGCGGUAUCCAAUUUACUAUUCUCAUGAGAAGCAUCUGCAGUAUAUGAACGAGUACGCGGCGCAUUUUGACUUGGAGAAGCACGUUCGGUUCCACACGAGGGUGGUUGGAUGUGCGCCGACUAAGGAGGGCGGGUGGGAAGUUCGAUUCCGCGAUGCCAGGGCUGAGGACGGCAAGGAAGAAGUUCUGACUUUCGAUGCUCUUAUCUGUGGGAGUGGGCUUAGCAGCAACCCUAGGAUUCCCGACUUCAAGGGCAGGGACACAUUCAAGGGAGAGGUGUUGCAUAGCCACUACUACCGGUCGCCAACUCGAUUUGAAGGGAAGAAGGUCGUGAUUAUUGGGCUCGGAUCGACGGCUGUUGAUGUUGCGUGCGAGAUUGGACCCCUUGCCAAGGAGCUCAAUGUGGUGAACAAGCGUGGCGCAUGGGUGCUGCCCCGAUUCCUCCUAGGAAAGCCAGUUGAGGCAUGGAACAGUCGAUCAAGCGCAACAUGGCUACCAUUCAGCGUUCAGGCAUUCGCCUACAACAAGAUCAUCACCCAUGCGCUGGGCAAACAACCCGAGAUCCUCCAACCGGACCAUCACAUCAUGGAGCAGAACCCAACAGUACGAAGCGACUUCACCGAAAAGCUGAAUACCGGAGUCUUCAACCUGCAUCGGUCCGAUGUAACGUCCUUCACAGAGACUGGCCUGCUGCUUGACGAUGGCACCGCCCUUGACGCUGAUGUUAUUAUCCUGUGUACUGGCUACAGCAUAGCUCAUCAUCCAUACCUUGCACCAGGCGUCCUCGAGAGCAAAGAGGAGCCAGCUCCGGAAAUUGACCUCUACAAGCGCAUCGUGCCACCACGAUCAAGAAACCUGUUCGUUAUGGGGCAAGUUGAGGUAGCUGGACCCGCCCAACCAAUUAUCGAGGCACAGGCCCGGUACAUUGCUGCUGUUCUGGGCGGGAAAGUACAGUUGCCAGACGAGGAGGGCAUGAUGAAGGAUGUUCGCGCUUUCCGCACUUUCCAGAGGAAGCAUUUCGUCAGGUCUGAGAGGCAUACAAUGACGGUCGAUUACAACCCUUACAUUGAUGGCCUCCUGCAGCCGCUUGGCGCCGUUCCAUCGGGUUGGAAAUUGUUUGGGAAAAUUUUCACGAGCGGCAAACCAGUUAGGGCAUUCAAGGUCUACUCGGCGGUGUUUUUCGAGAUCCAAACGGGAGCACAAUGGCGGCUGUCAGGCGUGGGAAGUUCCACUGAGCUUGCGGAAGAGACGCUGCUAAGGAUUGCGGCCGGAACGAAUGGGUUGAGCGAAGGUGAGAAGGCACAUAUCUGA